GAAAGAGCCCCUUUUCGCCUCUCCCGGCUUGCAGGCUCGAUUCCUGCCAGCAGGUUCGAAAGCGGCUGCGUUUUCCCUUCUCCUCUGGCGCUGGGGCUCAAACACGUGGCUUGGGCAAGGGCGCCGCAGAGGGCUGCUGGCUUAGGGCAGGGGUCGAAUCGCGCCUGAGUCCAGAGGGGUUUAUCAGGCAGCUGUUGCUGCGCUAAAAGUCCCAGGGAACAGACAAAAUUGGCACAGAGUUUUUUAAAAAUGAACAGGGAUUCGUUUUAAGAAUGAACCACUUUCUGGGGUGUUUGGCUUUUUUAACAGUAUGGGAGUUCUGCAUACUAGAAAAGGACCCCUUCAUCUGAUAAAAAUCCUUUGUAACUUCAGAGUGUGCACAAUCGGACACCCAAAGGAAUAGGGCCCAUAUAAAGUCUCACCUUCUCUCAUUGGGGUGACCCUAGAAAUUCCAGUUCAUGAGACUGGAUACUCAACUGGAUACAGAUUGAGUUCUUUUUUCCUUUCCACUCUCAGAGGAAAGAGAUUUCAGUGCAUUUCUAGGAAGGUGUUUUGCACUCUAUCAGGGGUGAGAAAAAGCUUGUGGUGUGUAUCACAAUGUGUGCUGUAACUUCCAAGCACGUGGUAAAAUACCUGUGUGGAUUUUUUUCACAUAUGAUGGUGAACAUAGGUGUUUUCUCCUCCCCUUAUACUGUAGAGGGAAAAUGUCAUAUUUAAAUCCUCCUUGUGCUAUUUCUGAAACUGCAGCUGUCAGAAUCAGAAACCCCCAUAAAUAUCUCUCUGUGUAUUCAGUCUGUUGCUCCUUGCCCGGGUGCAGAACAGCUGUAUUCCUCCUGUAGCUGCAGAGAAAUACACUUUCAGAAAGGAAGGAGGUGCUGCAGCAGCAGAGAGCGAGGCUCUGUUGACUGUUUCCCUUGAACAACUUUGGCUUGGACUGUUUUAGAAGGUGGCUGUGGGAAAGCAACUGAAAGCACCGACAGGAGGAGGCAGCUGUGUGUUUGGCUCUGGAAGAGAAAGAAAGAAAGAAAGAAAGAAAGAAAGAAAGAAAGAAAGAAAGAAAGAAAGAAAGAAAGAAAGAAAACCCUCAAUUUGCCAGGAAGCUUGCCAGGCUUUUGCUGUGUUGGUACAUGCUGGUGGGAUAUCCAUAAAAAGAUUCUCCAGGAAUGGUGGAUCACUUGCUUCCUGCGGAUGAAUCUUUCUCAUCCACGAGGCCUACUAUUGGAUACUUUGGGGACAUGACUGCUGUUGGGCAGCCCUAUCAAAUGCUGCCCUCCCCCUUGUCCGAAGAUGACAGUGAUUCUUCAAGUUUUUGCUCUUGUUCCAGCCCUGAGUCUCAGGUUCUUGGUUCAAGCUAUGGGAGCUCAUCGAGUGUGGAGAGUCAGGACAGUAUCUUGGACUACUUGUUGUCCCAAGCAUCUUUGGGGAAUGGCCCCUCCUCUUGGUGGGACAAAAGGAGACUUCAGCCCAUUGUGAAGGAGGAGCAUUUUAGGAUGCCUGAGUUCAUGGUGGAGAUGGAAGAUUCUGGACCAUUUCAGCCUACCCUUGAGGAGAUCGAGGAGUUUCUAGAAGAGAAUAUGGAAACAGACCUCAAGGAAGGGCCUAAAAGUGAGACCAAAGACAUGAGAGCUUGUAGCCAGAUUACCAUGGCUUCCAUACAGCAAAAAGACCACAUGGUGCCAAGUAUUAGUUUAAAAGAUAGUAAAAUUGAACAGUCAAGCAGCGCAAUGGAAAGUAUUCACACAUCAAAUGGAGCGGUGUCCCUUGAUGGAGGGAUACCCGUCAUGCUCCAAAUCCAACCAGUACAAAUGAAACAAGUGCCAAACACGAGCCCUAGUUCACCAGGACCAGUGCAAGAGAACAUUAAAAUUGCACAACUCUUAGUCAACAUCCAAGGGCAGACAUUUGCACUUGUGCCACAGAUUGUUCAAUCAUCCAACUUGAACUCAUCCUCCAAAUUUGUUCGCAUAGCCCCAGUUCCAAUUGCUGCAAAACCUAUUGGGCCAGGAGGUACAAUCCAGGGUCAAACUGGGGUAAUCAUGGGUCAAAAGUUUCAAAAGAACCCUGCAGCAGAACUUAUUAAAAUGCACAAAUGUACUUUCCCUGGAUGUACCAAGAUGUACACCAAAAGCAGCCAUUUGAAAGCCCACCUGAGAAGGCACACUGGAGAAAAACCUUUUGCAUGUACUUGGCCUGGUUGUGGAUGGAGAUUCUCUCGAUCAGAUGAGCUUUCUCGACAUAGGCGUUCCCACUCUGGAGUGAAGCCUUAUCAGUGUCCCGUGUGUGAGAAGAAGUUUGCUCGAAGUGACCACUUGUCCAAGCAUGUCAAAGUUCACCGAUUCCCUAGAAGCAACCGCUCCAUGCGUUCCGUGAACUGAUACAUCCCGGUCUGCAGCUUUUCACUCAUCCAAGAACAGCCGCUGGCAGCACUUUGUUCCAUAUUGUUCUCGUGAUAAUUUAUUGGUUCCGUGUAACAGGCCAUGCCAUGACUUCACAGACACCUUUGUAUCUUAUUUUGCAUCGACACCAUUUUGCCUUAUUGCUUCCAUUUUCUUUGCUGCUGCUUCUUCCUUUGAAAAUUACAGUGUUUUAUUUUUAGCUGUUUUCUCCUGCACCAUGAUAAUUUAUGGGCUACUUGCUGCUAGUUAAUUAUAGUUCUGGCAUUCCUGAGGGCUUUGCUCAUGUACGGGGCUAUUCAUUGUGAGUUUUUAUUAAGCUAGCCUAUUUGUCCAAUUUGGAAACAGCAAAUUCCUUUUGAAAUGAAAACAACUCAUUUGUUUUUGUGGGAUUUCUUUUUAUGCUGCUGGUAGUGGUGGGAGGGGUUCCUUUGCCAGGAAUUAGUACGGACUAGUAAAAAAGGAUGAGCAGCUGGGACAGGUCUGGGGGAGAGGGGUAAGGUUGCCAAUCGGCCAUCCUUUUACUAGUUUGCACAAUAAAAUUAUGUUCUCUCCGUAAUCAGUUUUGUGGUUUGGAAAGCCAGUAAACUCCAGUUUUUGACAGGUUUUGACCACAGCCUGUCAGCUUCUGCCAAGCUCAAUUUACAAGCCCCUUCUCAACCACCUGACAAAUUCUGCCCCAACCAGCCAACAAGAGUUCUCGAGGCCAUUUCAACCUGUGAAGUUCUUGGCGGUACCCCUGGUUUUACUCAAUGGCCACUCUACAUCAAAUACUGGCAAUCCAUGGAGAAGGGAUAGGAAUAUCAGCAGUAAGGAUGUGUGUCCCUUGCCCAGUCAACCAAACUCAUUAUUCUUGUUGACAAUACUUUUUUUAAAAAAAUCUUGAAACAGUUAUUGUAUCAGAAUCCACAGUUCAAUUCACCAUCAUUCAGCCAGUAGUCAAUUGCUUUCCUGAAGAGGGCAAAAUAUGUCAGGAGGGAUCCCAAGGUCUGCAUCUCCAGGUAACUCAAUCAUCCUUUCGGAGUCUUUUCCAUGGUUCUCUGCUGAGAAGAUCUGCAAGAGGCAGGAGAUCAUGGGACCCUUCUGGACUGUUGCAUCUUGUGUCAGAGAGCCACAAUCCAGCCACUGUAAGGGCUGCUCUAAGGCAGGUUGAGGGUGAGUUAACAGAGUUUGCUGGUGCUGGGGAGAAGCAUGGGCGUUGGCAUAAAGAGGAUCCCUGCUAUAGAUCAGAUAGUAUAGUGGAGAAGGGUGAUGCCCACAUGUUUGCCAAUUGGCCCUUCUCUAGGGCAAAGAUACAUAACCCAGUGAUCAUGUCAUGAAAGGAACGAAUGGAGGGGUGAUAUCUUGUUUCUGUUUGCCACCAUGUUUUCCUGUGUGCUCAGCCUUGGAAAGGCACAGUCCCAUGUGCUUCCUGCAGAAAACAUGAGCACCGUCAUAAAAUGGCUUCUAGUGAAACUGGGAUUGCUAGUCCCUUCCUGGACUGAGGUGUGAUGAAACACUCAGCCCAUUUCCCCAUGUUUACAAAAUGAAAUAAUAUCCAUAUCCCCAGUAAGCUGGGGUGGGAUGACUUAAGACUUAGUGAAUGUUUUGCGAAAGCACUUUCAGAGCCAUAGGCGGCAAGCGAUACCCGUGUGUGGAGUAUCUUCAUGGGCCACUAUUCAGAGAGCAAUGCAACUGGGUUAUCUCGUGUACUCGCCAGCUUGUGUGGUAUCUGUCUUAAGGGCUAAAAAAAAAAAGGGAAUAUAUGCAUAUAUAUACAUACGUAUACAUAUAUAAAUGUAAUCCAAUGCUGGCAGAAAAAGUAUUGUUAGGAAAUACGUCUUUUAAUUUUCUUUUCCUUUUUGUACGCUGCUGAAUGUAGGAGGCUUUCUAGCAUAAUAGAUAAUUAGAGAAUAUUUUUUUUUAAAAAAAUCAAGGAUGUUGUAUCUCAUCUCCAAUCACAGAUGUUCUCUGUGGGCACGACUGAGCAAACGGUAUGACUCUGUCCCAUUGAAAGCAAUGAAACAGGAAUAGUUAUUGCUCACAUUCAAUGGGUCACUGCUCAACUCUGCAGGAUUAUGCCCUGCCUGUUUUUUUUUCUUUUUUCUUUUUGUCAGCCAAAUGGGAAAUAAAACACUGCAAUUCUAACAUUUUAGCAGGUCAAUGUGGAGAUGGUGCCACCUUGUCAUAGCAAUAGCUCCACUAUCUUCCUCUAGGAAUGCAUUCCUUUGUGUCCUCUAGAAAUAAAUUGAAAUGGAUCUCUCUCAUCUAUCAACUGGUUUUUAUCUCACAUCCUAUGAAUGUAUGUAAAUAAAAUUGUACAUAUUGCGUAUCUAUACAAAAUAUCUUUUAAUAACGUGACAGAAAUGAUGUAAAUUGGAAACAAAGACUAUCUUUAAAGCCAGUGUACAUAAAUUACAAUACUGUAUAUUUUUCUUUUGUUCUUCAUAAAAUAUAUUUACUUUGACAAUAAAAAUAAAAUUGAAAUUUUACAAA